AUGAUAGACGUACAGUAUAAGAGACGAUCUGGUUUGUUCAAGACACAGUUUGGUCUGAUUUUUAUUUUGGUAUCUAUGGAGUUUAUUGCAUGUGAAGCAGACAGAAACACAAUGAAUUUAAGGAUUAUUCCGGAUCUGGAUAACAUGAUAGCCACGGACGGAUCCUGCUUUGUAUCUGAACCUGAAGUGUCUGGAUUUAUAGAGUGUACCCUGAGGUGUGUGAUGUCGCCGUGUGUCGCGGUGUUCUAUCACAGCCGUCCGAGAUCCUGUCGUCUGCUGAGACAGAACUGUAGCAGAGACCUGAUGUAUACUACAGACGUGGGAUGGAGCUUCUUCUCUGAUAUUAAGGCAUGUGGUGACGGGUGGACACAGUUCAGAGAUCACUGUUACCGCCUUAGUGUAACCACCGCCACCUGGUACGACGCCGCGCUACAGUGUGGAGGUCAGGGAGGUUAUGUGGUGGAGAUUGAAUCCCAGGCAGAAAACGACUGGAUCAAUAGCAAUAUAGCACCGGGUAAGAAACAAUCAGACACUAGAUUAAUAUCAUUAUAA